CAAGUUACCAGAUAGACCGGAUAAGCCCCCACCCCUGUUUCGUAGCAGUCGUAUAAACCAGACUCGCUUCGGUCCAGAACAACUGCAGCCUGUUCAUCUGCUUCUCGGACAGACGGACCUGCUACAACUGGUUGGUGUGAGGAGUCAAGCCAUCAGUGGGAAUCUCCGCCUGCUCCCUGCCAUUUACGACACGAGGAAGAAUCUUAAGGAAAGAGGACUCAAGGAAACACCUUGUAAGAGAAACGAGACGCCCUUUCCUCACAGACAUCAUCUGACGCAAGAUGGCAGCAGGUCUUCAUUUCAUUGUGGUCCUCUGUCUGACCAGUGGACUCUGGAUUGGAGAAAAUGUGAAUGGUGCAGAAAAAGGAGGUAGAGACUGUGUGACCUGCCCUUCGGGUUGGACUAUGUUCAGAGAUCGCUGUUACCUGUUCCAGGACGCUGAGAAGGACUGGGUUGAAGCAGAGAGGUACUGUACCUCUCGGGAUGGAAAUCUGGCCUCGCUCCCAAAUGGAGCGGUGUACGACUUCAUCAGAAAGAUGAUUUACAGAGCGACAAACUCACAUAAGACAACUUGGGUUGGAGGCUAUGAUGCAGUAAAGGAGGGUGUGUGGCUGUGGAGUGAUGGCUCCAAGUUUGACUUCAAAGGCUGGGCCAAGGGGGAGCCUAACAACAGUGGAGAAGAACACUGCAUGGAGAUUAACAGCGACGGAAAAGAUUAUGUCAACGACUUCAAGUGUGCAGCGCAGAGAUCUUUCGUUUGUGCCAGAAACCCUUAACAAUCCCGAAACGUCUGACAUGAGGACGAGUCACUUCUGCCAGGAUGUCAGGCCUCGAUGACAUCACUGCUGGAAGAUCUAUUGACGACUCUGAUGUAAUUUCAAAUUAAUCAAUAAAUAUAUGUGGUCCCUC